AUGGCCUCCAACACCACCGCCCAACCCGACACCGUCUCCGUCGAACUCACAGCAAAACCACUCCUCGACAUCCUCGCCAAAUUCUCAGCCAGCAUCAUCAAACGCCUCGAUGCACGCUUCAUGACAGAGGCCUCAGAAGGCGAGAUCGACGAGAAACGCGUGCUUGAUAUCCUGCGCGAGAUCGUGAAAGCCGAGGAGGAGUUAGCCAAAACAGAAAUCAUGGAGUUCAUGGCUCCGGAAGCGGAACGUCUGUGGGAGAUGUCGGACAAAAAUGCAAAUGCCGAUGCAUCGAUUCCGGAUCGGGAGAGCUUUGAGGUGGUGGAGGGAGCUGGAGGCGAUGACACGCUCUACUGCUUCUGCGAACAGCCCGAAUGGGCCUCCGAUGACCCCAUGACUGGCUGCGAUGGCGAGAACUGCAAGUGA